GAGCAGCCGGGUAGCGGGGGCCAGUGGACGGACGGACGGACUGAGGGACAGACAGACGGACAGACAGACGGGUGCGGUACGCCGAGAGGUCGGGAAUGAGCCAAGUUGACAGAGUUUAACUAUUAACCAUCCACGUAACCGUACGCGCCGGCUACACCAUACUUAAGGGGUGCACAACGGCACGCGCCUCAGCUCAGCCCAGCUCAGCCCAGCCCGAGCGUGGAAGCAAGCAAGCAAGCAAGGAAGGAAGGAUAUACAUGCAGCCAGACACUUCGCCGGACUCCAACCCGGGUCGUGUCCGGGCCACGGACACGCAAAGCUUAUGGUCCACUCUGUUUGGAGGAGUCCCUUCCCGUGGCUGGUAAUUCGAUCUUGGUGCUGCAGACCUUUAAAUAUCUUCAGUGAAAAGACCUUUCCAGCAGCCACGUGGUGUAAGCCCACAGGGAGCUGCUUGCAUUGAAUGGAGAACAUACUGGUCCUGCUCCCAAAACACCGUCAGGAACACAGGGUGUGCAGACAAACGGAUGCACGUGCUUUGCUCCAAUUUAGUUUCCCCAACAGAGCAAUUUCCAUUUGGGCUUUGGAGAACGAUAACACCGCAUUUUUAAUGGGCUAAAUUACUUGGAGCCAUCAGGAUCAAAAGCAGCUCAGGUGGCGCUCCAGCGACUUGAGGCAGACAUAGUUUCUCGGUAAGCCCAUUGUCUUCCAAAGGCUUCCGCAUGGUACUUUGGUCGAAAGAACAAGACAAACUGCCCGACAAAAUGUCCUCCGGGGCCGUUGAGAUGAAGAAGGAGGGGGGGCCCCUUCCGCCGGCCUUCCUCAACUCCACCGUCCACCCGGUGAUCUUCACUCAGGCUACUGAGGAAAGGAACCCAGAAAGUGGGAGUGAGUUUGAGCUGAAAGAGGUCACGCAAAUGGCCAACGAAACCCCGGAGAAUGGAGAACGGCAGGAGAUUGUAGUGAUGGACUGUCGGGCUAACGCCAAAGGUCAGCGCGAGGAGGAUGCUCUCUUGGAGAAUGCCAGCCAGAACGAGAGCGAUGACACCAGCAACGACCAGAGCCCCGAACCACCGGCGCCCCUCAAAGAAACCUCCUUCUCCAUCGGGCUGCAGGUGGUUUUCCCCUUCCUGCUGGCCGGGUUUGGGACAGUGGCGGCGGGAAUGGUGCUCGACAUAGUCCAGCACUGGACUGUGUUUACGGAGGUCUCCGAGGUGUUCAUCCUGGUUCCUGCACUACUGGGGCUAAAAGGCAACCUGGAGAUGACGCUAGCCUCCAGACUUUCCACAGCAGCAAAUAUUGGUCUGAUGGACACCAACAAGGACAUGUGGAACAUGAUCAUGGGGAACCUGGCUCUCAUCCAGGUCCAGGCCACAGUGGUAGGGUUCCUGGCCUCCAUUGCCGCUGUCAUCUUUGGUUGGAUUCCAGAGGGCCACUUAAGGCUGGGCCAUGCAGUGCUGCUUUGUGCCUCCAGUGUCGCCACGGCCUUUAUUGCCUCUCUGCUACUAGGACUCAUCAUGAUUGGCGUGAUCAUUGCAUCCAGAAAGGUCGGCAUCAACCCAGAUAAUGUGGCCACACCGAUUGCUGCCAGCCUCGGAGACCUGAUCACCCUGUCGCUGCUGGCUGGCAUCUCCACGGGGCUGUACAAGGAACUUGACUACAACAACUACGCCAAUCCUCUGGUGUGUGCCGUGUUUGUGGCCUUGUGUCCGAUAUGGGUGCUGAUAGCCAGGAAGAUCCCAUCUACUAGGGAAGUCCUCUACUCCGGAUGGGAGCCAGUCAUCAUCGCUAUGGCCAUUAGCAGUGUCGGUGGUCUUAUUCUUGACAAGACCGUUACCAACCCAAAUUUUGCUGGCAUGGCUGUCUUCACUCCAGUCAUCAACGGUGUGGGAGGUAAUCUGGUUGCUGUUCAGGCCAGUCGAAUCUCCACCUACCUGCACAUGAAUGGGAUCCCCAUGGGGGAUCCCAACCCUACUCCCCGGAACAGGAAGUGCCCCACACCCUGCACCGCUUUCUUCACCUCCACUGUGAACUCCCGUUCAGCACGUGUGCUCUUCCUCCUGGUUGCCCCGGGUCACUUGGUUUUCCUCUACACCAUCAACUCGCUGAGGGGGGGACACACCACGCUAACCCCCGUCUUUAUCACCUUCUACAUGGGCGCAGCACUGCUGCAGGUGAUGAUCCUGCUCUAUCUAGCGGACUGGAUGGUCCACUGGAUGUGGGGCAGAGGGAUGGACCCCGACAACUUCUCUAUUCCCUACCUGACCGCUCUGGGUGACCUGCUGGGAACCGGCUUCCUCGCCCUCUGCUUCCACAUGCGCUUUUUCAUUGGUGACCGAGACUCCGAUUUGGGAAACUGAUUGGGUUCCCUUCCUUCCUUCCUUCCUUCCUUCCUUCCUUCCUUCCUUGCUUCCUUCCUUCCUUCCUUGCACACGUCAACACUAAUGAUGGAAAACUGGAUGUUUCCUAUGAAAGGGCUAAUCCCUUGGAGGGAGGCUUCUGAUUAAAAAUACAUGCUAUAGUGCUCCGGUUUACAAUAAUGACUGUGUGCACUGUGGACACAUUGGAAACUCUUUUGGUCUCUUUCAGCCCCACAGACUGAUGAUAAGAGAGUCAGUCACCUGACUCUUGAUAUUACUGUAUGAUUGUAAAUGAUGAUUAUUAUUAGUGUUAUUAUGGGGAAAAAAAUCUGCUUGAUGUAAAUUGAUAUCCAUUCUAUUUUGAAAGGCUUUCCCCUCAUUAUUUUCAAUGGGGGAUCAUGCCAAGAAAUCAGUUUUACAUGAUCAUCUGCAAAAGAAAAAAAAGAGCAAAAAAAAAAUAUAUAUAUAUAGUAUAUAUAAAUAAAAAACCCUAACAAGCCAAUAUUCCUUAAUCACCAAGUGCUUUGUCUUGAAAUUCUGUGAAAUGAUUGAAAUGCAAUUGUACGUAUCGUAGUGCUUUAACAGAGUGCAUAUGGCUGGCUACUUAAGCUAUACUUUGUUCUGUUUUAGCUUCGUUUUUUGACCGCAAAUUGAGACGGAAUUAGCCAUGUAACUGUCAUUCAUAUUUCUUUCCACAGCAAAAUAAAUCACGGUUUAAUAUCGUUUUGUAAAAAGUGGAACGUCAGUCCAUAGGAUCACAAUGUUUGUUCAUUGGCUGUUCUCAAAACAAGGCGGCUUAUAAUGCUCUUUCCAUUCGUAUUUGACAUCAAGACAAGCCAGGUAUUGUGAAGAGAAACAGCAAAACAUUUUGCCAAUUGUGCCCUAAAGCAGGCCAGUUGUCACACUUUCAGUCAUAAACAAGACACUUAGGAAACCUGUCAGCUCCGCUCAGCUCACUCAACCUUCAUGUCCUCCUCACACAUGACCAUGGCUGUGCUUGUAAGAAUUCAUGCAUGAUGGCAAUUUUGUGUUAUUAUUCUUUGUAUUUUGGGUCCCCGCUUCAUUUAUAAGGCCAGCAGCCCUCAUCAUUACUGGGGGCCUGGCCCAUUGGCUAAAACAGCACCAAAGACUUACCAUCAGUCCUCAUCGAGCCAAUUUGAAACGGCUGCCUCCAGGAAGUUCAUGUCUAAUAUUUGAUUUCAGCUCCGAUAUAUCCAUGUUGUUAGGUAGUGUUCUUGACGUAGUAUGUUGUGGUACAUAAAGUCAGGAGGUUUUUCAAGACGAGCAAAGCCUUUAAUGGAUGUCAGUUAAGUGUGAACAAUAUACUUGUUUUCCCCUCUGCCUACACUACAAAGCAACAUUUGGAUUUUCUCAAACUGGAAUGAAGAAGUCAGUUUGAAGAAUAAUGUUCAGCCACAACUGUUGCCAAAAUUGGAGAGAACAUCCUGAGUGGAAAAUUCAGAGGCCCAAAAUGAAUCAAAUUGAGCGACAAACUCCCAACUGCCCCCAUUUUCAUCUCUUUGUUUUUGUGACACUGAAUAUGAAGAAUGAAAUGCAGUUUAUGAUGAGAAAGUAAAGUGGCAUUUUGACCAAUUGCAAAAAGUCCAGAUGUCUUGGCUAAAACUCACAUGAGAUGCUUGAAUUUUUUUGCCACUUCUCAGACUUCUGUCUUAUCUCAAAGGGGCCAGAAGUAUACAUGUGCAGUGCACAUCCUCUGAAUGUGAAAAUAUACAGUCAAUCUUUUGUUUGGGGAGAAAGUGGAUGUUUUUUGUUUUUUGUUUUUUUCCUUUUAACAUAAUCACUUGAACUCUCCUUGGUGAUUUGUGUCACAAAUAAGAUUUUGAAGAAAAGAAACCUUUGUAAAGAUGCAAUUUCUCAAAAGCCGGGCCACAACACAAAGUACUGUAAUUUGCUAAUUUGACACUAGAGAGCGCUAGAGAUCCCCCCCUCCCCCGUUCAAAAUGACCUUGAGGAACAUUAUUUCGAGGGUUUAACUGCAUGUUGUUUAUCCAUACAUCUGUUCAGUUCUCCUUUUUUUUUUCUUUUUUUUUUUGCUAACGCUUCUUACUGACCAGGUGGCCAGCCUAUUCUUCUAGUCUAUGUUAAUGGAGAGUUGUGAAUACUUCUAUAAGAGGGCAGAUAAUGGUUUUGUCUAUUUAUUAUUAGAAGCACACAAAGCAAUUUGUACAUACUAUAUUUAUUCUAUAUAUAAGAUUGUUUAUUUUGUCCUGUCAUUGUGGCUCUGUUACUUUGUCACCCCGGUGUCACCUGUUUUUCCCUUCUUUUUUUAAAUUUUUCUUUUCUUUUUGCAAAUGGCCAUUAGUUUUGUUUGUUUGGCUGCUUGCCACAGUCGUGGUGAAAUGUUUGCAUAGUGCCUAAUAAUGACCCAAAAUGGCCUUAACUUCUAUGAGAGCCAAGCUCAACUAAGAGUAACCAAUCAAAAGCUUAGCGCCUUAAAUUAGUCGACGAUUUACAAUUCCUUGAUUGUGACAUGCAUUGUAAUGUAAUACGGUAACUUAGCUGUAGUGGAGGACUGGAAGCAUUGCUUACAUGCCAUGCACAAACACCUCAGCCCUUUGGCUAUGCAUUUUGUCAAGGGCCUGGGAAGGACAAAAGAAAGAUUUUGUCUGUCAAACACCAGGAAGCCUAAAAAAGUGCAGUGUUGCAUGUUGCGCAAUGUAAAAGAGCCAACCAAAACCCACCUACUGCCUUUUUAACCUCAGCGCUGCAACCCUGUUGAACUCACAAGGAACCAGAUGGGCUCCCGCCCGGGCUAUUGCUAUCCACAUCUUUGCUGCAUACGAGGCUAAAUUGUAAAAAAAAAAAAUGAUAAUAAUAAUAUGAGAUUUGGGGGUGGCAUGUAUAUUCACACCAGGGCUAAAGCUUGUGGGUUUCCUGUGGGUUCUUUCAUGACUUGCUGGGAAUAAACGACUGUCUUGUUUCAUACCAGU